CGUAGCUUCAGGUCAAGCACGUUGUGUCAAUCACGUUGGGUCAAGCGCUUCUCAACAAGCAAGUUUGUUAUUACAGCCUUUUAUAACAGGUUAAAGUGGUUUCAGCAGAACAAGUUGAAGCAGUUGGACACGCGACGCUUGUAGCCAAAUAGAAUGCGGCGCGCAGACAUAAAGGACGAACCUGCGACUUAUGAGCGACUUGUGUACAAAAACACAUCAGUUUACCACUAUAUGAGGAUCUCCCUAGAGUUGGAGAAUGAAAGCAUCAGACUCAGUGCAGCCCAACUGAAGCAGCUCAUCGUCUCUGGCCUCAGGGACCUGUAUGGAGAGGUUGGAGGUGCCUUCCCUUUUGAUCUGUUGAAGUUUGAUGAGAGCACACUAACAGGCGUGCUCCGUGUGUACAACAGUGGUCUGGUGAAGUUGUGGAGCGCCCUGACACUGUUGGGAUCCUAUCAGAAUGAGCUGUGCUCUUUCAGAGUUACUCAGGUGUCACCGUUCCUGUUAGCUCUGUCUGGGAAUAGUCGUGAGCUGGAGCUGGACUGAGCAGAGCUGUUGGUUCUUGAAUCCCAUAACACU